AAAUUAAACCGAGAUUUGAAUAAGCAGCUGAAAACGCGAGAGGAGAAUAGAAGAGCGGCUCUUCCAUGGGAAGACCACCCAGCAAUGGCGGCCCUUCCUUCCGCUUCAACCCUGCUGAGGUGGCGGAAAUGGAAGCUAUCUUGCAAGCACAUAAUAAUACUGCUGUACCGUCACGUGAAAUUCUACUUGCUCUUGCUGAGAAGUUCAGCAAUUCACCUGAAAGAUCUGGGAAAGUAGUUGUUCAAAUGAAACAGGUGUGGAAUUGGUUCCAAAACAGGAGAUAUGCUCUUAGAGCCAAAGCAACUAAGGUUCCAGCAAAGGUGGGUCCAUCACCUGUGCCUCGUGAUGAUUUGGCUGCUGCCAGAAAUGUACCUCAAGCCCCUCAACAUAUUUCUGUUCCUCCUGCUAUUGUCAGGAAUGUGCCCCAAGUUUCACAACCUGUAUCUGCUCCUUCAGUUCAAAGUGCUGGCAAAAAUGGUUCAGAUAACUCACAGAUGGAGUUUGAAGCGAAAUCUGCAAGAGAUGGUGCUUGGUAUGAUGUGGCAACCUUCAUAUCACAUAGAUCGGUGGAGACUAGUGAUCCGGAAGUUCUGGUUCGCUUUGCUGGUUUUGGACCGGAGGAGGAUGAGUGGGUCAAUGUUCGCAAACAUGUGAGGCAACGUUCUCUCCCAUGUGAAUCCUCUGAAUGUGUAGCAGUGCUUCCUGGAGAUUUGAUACUCUGCUUUCAGGAAGGUAAAGAACAGGCUCUCUACUUUGAUGCGCAUGUUCUGGAUGCACAACGGCGGAGGCAUGAUGUAAGAGGUUGCCGCUGUCGAUUUCUGGUGCGUUAUGAUCAUGAUCAGACUGAGCAGGAAAUUGUUCCAUUGAGAAAGGUUUGUCGUCGGCCAGAAACUGAUUACAGGUUGCAGCAACUUCAUGCUGAAUCUGCAAAUUGGAACCAAAAUAAAGCAGGGAGCGAACCUCAUACAGGCAACACUUUGAAGGUCUCUCUUCCAGCUGAGGCAACACAGAAGCAGCAUAAGGCAGAGGCUCCAGCUGAAGUAAAAGAACAGCAGCAUAACAAUGAGGGGCGUGCUAAUACUGGACCUGCAGCGACACCCAUUUCUGUUGACAAUUUAUCCACAACAACAGCUGCAGUGUCUCAUGCUCAUGCCAAUAUAACUUCAGCUGCUGUUUUUGCUCCUGUUGCUCAUGUUACUGCUCCUGUUGUCACAACCACUGCUCCAAUUGCUCAGUCCAAUGUUCCAGGGGCCACCAUGUCUGUAGCCAAUAACACAAGUCCAGUUUCUCAUUCCAGUGUAUCUAAGGCCACUGUUUCAACAGACAAAGCUACAGCUCCUGUUACUUAUUCCAAUGUCUCUGGAGCCUCUGUUUCCACCACAACUCCAGUUGCAAAUUCUUCUGUUUCUGGAUCCUCUUCUUCAGGAAUGAGUACCACUGUUCCAGUUGACAAUUCUGAUGACUCUAGAGCCACUAUUUCUACCGCAGCUCCAGUUGCAACUUCCCAUGUCUCUGGAGCCACUUCUUCUGUAGUGACUACCACAACUCUGAGGGAUAACAGUAAUGUCUUUGGAGCCAAUACCAUGGAUUCAGCUACAAACUCCAAUGACACUGUAGAUGCUAAUCCUGUAACCUCUACCACUUCCCCUAUUGCAGAUUCCAACUUCUCUGGAGCUCCAGGUGUGGCUCCUAUUGGUCAUUCAGGUGUUCUUCCAGAUACUGAGCCUAAAGGCUUACCAGAGAAUGUUUCUGGGGCUUGUGCAAGUAACAGUGUAGAAAAUACAAGCACCCCACAAGCUACUAUUGCUGUGACAAGUAGCACAACUGACACUGCCACAACAGGUACGGUUGAAGGGAGCUCUGAUGAAAACACUCUGCAAGGGUAGUUCUGGCAGUUUGUAGUCUUCCAUUUUUUCUUUAACUUAGAGCUGUCAAUCUCCGGCCUUGUGUUUGGGGGCUAUUUCACCAUGCAAGUUCUUCUAGGUGGAUUAGAAGGUGUUAAAAAUUUGUUGUAGUAGUAUGAUUUUUGAGGAGAUAGGAUUGGGGCAGAAGUUGUUCAAACAUACUGCUGCUGAGGACUGCUUCAGGAGAAAGGCAAACUUGCCUUGAACACAAAGUAGAGGUUACAUUGUUUUAGUUGUACCCUGGAUGAGAAUGAGGAAAAUAGCUCUUUAGUUUUUUUUUUUUUU